AUGUUUAUUUAUUUAUUGAAAGAUAUUAAAAUUGCGAAGGAUAUCUAUUGGAGUGGACAUGAACAUGUCGUACGACGUUUGCUGAAAUGUGGCGCAAAUGUUGAUAAACAAGAUGCGGAAGGACGUACAGCACUUAUGGCUGCUGCAUUCAUGGAUCAUGCAAAUAUUGUUAGCAUACUUUUGGAUAAUGGUGCAACACCAAAUAUUAUGGAUAAUUAUGGAUCAACAGCUUUACAUCUGGCACUUUCAUCAGGUGCUCAAACAUUUGAUCAUAAUGAAACUGUUACAGUACUUAUAAAAGGUGGAACAAAUUUAAAUCUUGAAGAUAUGAAUGGUCGGAAUUGUUUACAUAUUGCUGCUUAUCAUGGUGAUCAAAAUUUACCAACAAUUAUUAAUUUUGUUCAAAAUAUUGACGCUCAGGAUCAAAAUGGACGUACUUCAUUGAUGCUAGCAGCAAGUCAAGGUCAUCUGAUUGCUUGUCAACAAUUAAUCGAACAUGGUGCUGAUACUGAUGCUAUCGAUGAAUUUGGUCGUACAGCAUUAAUUAUAGCUGCAAUGAGUGGUUUCUUGAAUGUUUGUGAAAUGUUGGUCAGUUUAGGAGCUGAUGAAGGUCAUAAGGAUAAUGAUGGUGCAGUAGCAUUACAUUAUGCAAUUGCUCAUUCUGAUUUGCAAUUAUGCAAAUCAUUAAUUACCUCAACUACUGUUCAAGCUACUGAUACACGUGGUGUACAUCCAUUGCUCAUUGCUGGACAACGUUCAUCAGUUCCGAUAGUGGAAGAAUUGUUAAGAGUUGGUGCACCUAUACAUUUACAAUCACAUGAUGGUUUAUCACCUAAUAUCUUCGAAAAAAUGAUCAAGUAUUAA